AUGGAAUUCUCCUUGGCCGUUAAGUUAGCGGACUUGGACGAUUUCCUGAAGCCUAGUCAAGAAUGUAUGGUGGUUGAGCAGAAGCAAGAAAGACCUCGGCUGUUGAGGGAAACUAAUUCGUCCAAGGAGACCAAAGUUGAGAGCUUGAAGGCCGCAACCGUGAGCCUGGCAGAUUGUCUGGCUUGCUCUGGAUGUGUUACGACUGCGGAAGCCGUGCUUAUUGAUUCCCAUAAUUACCAAACGCUAUUGGAUAAAUUAGGUAUACCUUCCGCUGCUAUGCCGUCCGCCACGGGGCCUGACGGUGAAUGUCCAGACGAGAUGGCAUUCACAGCAUUGGGGUCGGAAGAACCGCGUAGCAGGUCUGAUAGCCUGGAGUCUGAUAGGCGCCUGUCUUAUUCUGCUGUGAAACGUCCGGUUGUAGUAUUGUCCAUGUCUGGGGUCUCUGAAGCAGCACUGAUGGCGUAUUACGGAGUUACGAACCGGGAUGCCUUUUACGAAUGGCUUCGGGAGGCUUUGUUGGAGCAUGGUAUCGCGGAGACGUUCAGUAUGGACGUGGCGGAGGUCGUCGCGAGCGUACGACGCGGUAGGGACGGCCUGUCCAGCCACUGUCCGGGUGUGGUUCUGUAUGCGGAGAAGUCUGGCAAUUGUGCCAAUAUAAACACAAGUCCCCCCUCCCAAAUUUGGCAGGGUUUGCUGGUCAAGACCAUGUACAGCGAGCUCAGAAGGCUCUGUUGGGGGCGUUUGCGGCCGUUAGGCGGUUACUGUCGCGACCUGCACUUUCACUCGAAGUGCUUUGAUCGGGAGGGGGAAGGAGAGGAGGAUGAGGCCUCGGAUGAGGUCCCAGGCAGGUUGGUAUACCAUGUGGUGGUGAGCAGUUGUUUGGACAAGAAACUGGAGACCGUGCGGCCGGAGUUUUCCGGGUUGGUUGAGCUAGGUCUUACCACACAAGAGCUGAUCCAGGUGUUGAAGCACUUCGCGACGACCUACGCUCCACCCCCGCGCAUCUUGGGCACACGGCGGUGGGACUUGGCUUAUCGCCUCAGUCACCUGUACGGACUCCGGAGCUACCGGUUCAGUCUGCUUCGAGCGAACGGCGGAUUGGCUGCGCAGGCUAUUAACGACCUGAGGGCAGCGGGCGACUCCGAGGGAGAAGACUUUGGGUGUUCGGGAGACUCGCUGGAGUACCGGACGACGAGGGGCUACAAUAUAGAUCACACCAUCCUGAGUGCCGCGGGCCACGGGGCCACGGGCUCGGGGGUCGUGCAGAUCGCCACGGGCUUACGGAACCUGAAGAACUUCUGCGGCGGGUCCAAGACGCCUGCCGGUGGCGCGCUGGAGUUACUCGCGUGCCCGAAGGGCUGCUUCAGCGGCAUCGGACACGCCGAAAUAUUUGCGGUGCCGGGGAACCGGGCACGCGCAGAGGAAAUAUAUGCCACCACACCGCGUUGGGUCCCUCUGGACUUGGAGCGGUUGGCGGAAGACGCAACACGGCGUUGGCCGCGGCCGAUGGAGUACGUGAUUGCGCCGUUGGAGAAGACCAAUAACAGCAAGUGGUAG